UCGUUGGCUGACAGACGCUGUCGGACAUACCAGAGAUUAGUUCACGUUGCUCCUCUCCCUUUACUGGAUUUAUUUCAGCAAAUUAAUCUACUUUGUAUAACUUUGAACUAAUCAGCAUGAGGAUCUCUAUACGGUCAUUUAGAGGAAAUUUCCCCAGGUGUUCCAGUCAGUCUACCAACAUGAAACGAUUUUUAUACAUGCAAUACCUAUUGGCCCCAGCUUCUUUUUUGCUAUUACUGCUGAUGUUUUUCUAUUUUAGCGGACCUAAAGACCACCCUGACCCAGAAACUUUCAACAGUUCCCCUCAGAAUGAUAAUCUUCUGACAGAAAAGGACAUUUUCUCAGACGAGGAACCAUUACCCCCAAAAUGUGAUCAAAAUAUGAUGGUUGCAAAAAUCCCAGGCUUUGCCUUUCUUUCUAGUCAGAUUCAAAUGUUCCUUUACUAUCGCCAUUGUCACAGUUUCCCCAUAAUACUUGACCUUCCUCACAAAUGUGGACAAGCUCAUAAACCUGAAGACAUCUUACUUUUGCUAGUUAUAAAAAGUCCACCUCAGAACUAUGAACACAGAGAGGUGCUGCGUAAGACCUGGGCUAAAGAGAGGAUGCACAACGGGGAUUGGAUUCGGACCAUCUUCAUCACAGGAACAGUUGGUUCUGGAUUUGAGAAAGAGCGAAUGAACAAACUUUUGGCGCUGGAACAUCAACGGUACAACGACAUCCUCCAGUGGGACUUCAGUGAAUCAUUUUUUAACCUCACUCUAAAGCAGAUUCUCUUCUUUGAGUGGAUGGAUAAACGCUGUCGACACGUCAGAUUCCUGAUGAACGGUGACGAUGAUGUCUUCGCCCACACGGAAAACAUGGUGGAGUAUCUUCAAAGCCUCGAGGACAAUGACGGGAGCAAGCACCUCUUCACUGGACAUGUGAUAAAAAAUGCAUUCCCUAUAAGAGCACGGUGGAGCAAGUAUUAUAUUCCUUAUCAGCUGCAUAGCAAAACUGCUUACCCCCCUUACUGUGGUGGCGGAGGGUACAUUUUGUCCGGCUACACAGCUUUAGUCAUUUACAACAUGUCUAAGUCCAUUCCGAUUUAUCCUAUUGAUGAUGUUUAUAUGGGAAUGUGUUUGGCCGCUGCAAAAAUAGAACCUACCACUCAUAUGGGUGUGAGGACACUUGGAUGGUACAUCCCUUCCAAAACCCUUGAUAAAUAUGACCCUUGUUACAUGAAAGAACUCCUUCUAAUUCAUAAAUUUUCUCCAGCUGAAAUGUUCAUUAUGUGGCAUGAAGUUCACAACCCCAAACUGCGAUGUGGACGCCAAAUGCUAAGGUGGUAA